AUGUCACCGGAGACGUAUCUAAGGUCCGAUCGCGUUUUUGACGAUAAUUUACCGACAUCUUCAAUACCGUGUUGUUGUCGUGCGGCGACCGGUCAUGCACGUGCUAAUACAAUCGGCGUGUACCAAGUGAGUUUGAAGCAACAACAGAUGCUACCGAAAAACGCACAUUGCUCAAGGGACAUGUUUCUCAGCAGAAGUUUUAAAUUUUGGCAUAACUGGAAGAGUUUAUCAGUGAAUCAAUUUCUAUUCCUAAUCAUCAUAUUUCAGAUGCACGAGGUUCUCGGAGAAACUGAUUUGUUGGGAACUACAACCACUAACAGAAUAACGACCACAAACGGAACUAUGUGUAAAGAGCGAUGGACGUGCUCGUCGUGUACAGAAGCAACGAUGCCACUGUGUAGCUGGUUGGUUUCCGAACAAAUGUGCGUAGACAAUACGGCGGUGAAAGUACAAAACCGGAUGGUGGUCACCAACGGGUCGUCCUGUCCAAAGUUUUCGGUCAACAAUAUUGUCAACGUAUUGGAUGGCAAACAGAGUAUAACGGCUACAGUUAUAGUUGAAGACCCGGAUAUGGGUGGCGGUUUUGUCCAUUUGUUAGCCAACAGCAGCGUCGAGUGUCACUCGGGCAAUAAGACCUACAAGGCCAAGGUAGACGGCAACCGAAUCUCCUGUUCCUGGGAAUUGAAGCGAACAUCGACGUACAAAACCAGGUGCCAGGAGUUAAUACCGCACUUCAGUCAUUUAUCGAUCGUAUUCGAUGGCAAGUUGUUGCGAUUCGACAACGUCAGCAACCACUAUUUGACCACGUACCCGGGGGGUGGUGAUUGCCCAAAAAUGCAGUGCCCGGAUUGUCACUGGAACAACGGCACGCACAGGUUUUAUUGUAGUAUGUGUUCAAUGAAGAACACCAAGGACAUAAUACCAUACUGUGACUUACGAAAUAUUUCGAGUCUCUUGUAUUUGAGUACCACCAAUGACAUCCGAAAUAAUGAAAGGUGUUCUAGCAAAGGUCCAAGUGUAAUUAAUUAUUCUGUAACUCCGAAAAUUAUACUUCCAUCACAAGAGCCUCCCUCGUCCGACAGCAGUCAAUCGGGCAACAACAGUUCUCCGUUCCAUCCGAUAUUAGACGACGGCCAAGUGUUUGGCGGUAUCGAGUCCGGUAACACCACUUUAUGGGUGCAUGGUCAACAUUUUUCCGACUUGCGGAAAGUGAGGUUUUGUGUCAAACAUAGAUACUGGUGCGGCAACUGUGAUGUCCGUAACGACACACAUAUGGUUUGCCGGACUCCUAACAUCAAAAUCGAUCUGGAAGAUGCAUCUAAAAUUGAAUAUUUGAUGUUUUUCGAUGAAAACUCUAUCGGAGAAGAGUAUAACCUCACGUUACCGGGUUUAAUGUACCAUCGAUAUCACUAUCCGGAUUUCACGGACUUCGUGGUUGUCGGUUGCUGCAACGUUACCGUAAAUGGUCUGUACCUGGACAAAGGUUUCACCGCUGAGGACUUGUCCAUUAUACUGGUAGGCGAAAACUCUUCCUCUCGUUGCCAGAUCACUUCGUUGGACAGCAAGCAGAUCAUUUGUAAGGUGUUGCAGUCAUCGUCAUCUCAGUUAGGCUCCCUGCCGAAACAGCUCAAUGUCACGCUAGGCGGCCAUCUGAACGUCGUAAAGUUGUCGAAACAAAAUUACAGUCAUCUCAAAAGUUCAUUGGCCCGGAUUUUAUGGCCGAGUGUCGUCACUAUAGGCGCGUACGUUUCUUUCAUUACGGUUUUAUGUGUGGCCCUCAUAUUUUUUAAGGCCACCAAGGACUAUGACCUAUUGCAUUUACAUGGUCGCCAGCAUCUCGCAGAAAUGCGACCGCUGGACGAACAAAAUCCCAAUGACUACGAAGACAAUGGCCAACCUGAAAAUAUGUUGUUGGUUCGUGACGAAUGUCAUUAG